AUGAUAUCAUCUAGCAGAACCGACCAGACUAGUCACCUGCCAGCCAGGCUAAUCUUGUGGUACCGGUCCGACGUAUCUAGGUGUACCGACACAACAUAUCUAGGUGUACCGGUCCAACUUAUCGACUAUCAAUCCCCGCCGUCUAUAAUCUACCCGUCCUAUGGUCCGGACAUGGACAUGGGACGAGCCUAUUUCCGUGGUGAGGGUAGUCCUGGUCGUCUUGUCCUGGAGGGUGUAACCCAGGAGGACGCAGGACAGUACAAGUGUAGGACAGAUUUCCAUCAUGCUCCAACCAAGAUAUCUGUAAUCAACCUGAACAUUGUUAUUCCUCCAGAGAAACCAUAUAUUCAUGAUGAAUCUUCAAAUAGAAUGGUUCGGCUCAAGUUAGGGCCCUACAGGGAGGGGGAUACGGUGAAACUUCGUUGUGAAGUUCUUGGUGGGAACCCAGCCCCUGAAGUCACGUGGUGGAGAGAUCACACACUACUAGAUACAUCACAGGAAACUAGAAAACAAAAAGUUGUAAACCGUCUUGUGAUUGAGAAAAUAUCAAGAAUAGAUCUUCACUCGAUCUAUACAUGCCAGGCUUCCAACAACAACGUAUCUGUUCCUGUUUCUACCUCAGUCAAAUUAGAUCUUACUUAUGGUCCCGAGACAGUAAAGAUUGUUGGGAUGAAACCGGUUUUGAGCGCGGGUGUACAGUACAGACUGCAAUGUAUGGCAGCAGGUGGCAGGCCGGCCCCACAGAUAUCUUGGUAUAGAGGGGACAAGCUAUUAGAGGAAGCAGCUGGAAGUCCUGUGACUAGUCCUGAUGGAAAGGUAACGACUGGUACUCUCCUGUACACCCCAGAUUCUCUGCAUAAUGGAGAGAUUCUAAAAUGUCGGGCUGGACUCUCUAAUUUACCUGGAUCUUUUAUUGACACAACCUGGAACUUAUCCGUGCAUUAUAUCCCGGAUGUAAAGUUGGAGUAUGGAAGAUCAAUCGAUCCACACUUCGUUAAGGAAAAUGACGAUGUCUACUUUGAGUGUAGGAUAAAAUCUAACCCUUAUCCUCGUAAAAUCUACUGGAAGAAAGAUGGAAAAUUGUUAAACCAAGACAAGAAGAAUGGAAUACUGUUGAGUAAUCAGACGCUAGUCCUGCAGCACGUGCUCAAACCGCGAUCAGGUCUCUACACCUGCUCAGCAGAGAACACAGAGGGAACAGGAGAAUCAACCCCGCUACCCCUGGAGGUUAAAUUCUCUCCAGAAUGUUCUCCCAACCAGAUUCAGGUGUAUGGAGUUGCUAAGCAUGAAACUGCCCGAGUCCGCUGCGAGGUGAUUGCCAACCCCGAAGCCAACCUCAGGUUUACCUGGAAGUUUAAUACGUCAAGAGAGCUACUGGAUAUACAGGAGUCCCAGGUAACCAGCGAGGGUAGAGUAAGCUGGUUAGAGUAUACUCCCAGAACAGAAUUAGAUUAUGGAACCCUACUCUGCUCUGCUAGUAAUCAGAUCGGAGAGCAGUCGACCCCUUGUGGAUAUCGACUAAUACCUGCUGGACGACCAGACUCUGUCGAAAACUGCGUUGUCGACAAUCAAACAUUCUCGUCGCUGCAUCUUCGCUGCAACGCCGGAUUUGAUGGUGGACUUGAGCAGUCCUACUUUGUCGAAGUUCUAGAUGUGGAACUCGACACAGUUGUGUCGAAUAUUUCAACUUCGACGCCAACCUUUUCAAUAAUUGGUUUGGACUCUGAGCGUGAAUAUAUGGUAUCUGUUGUCUCUAUAAACGAGAAAGGCCGGAGUUCUAUCGUUCAACUCACCGCACAUACAACUAAACCUCAGGCUGCAGAGAGGCACACAGACCAGGCUAAGAUUGGUUCAUUACGGAGUAAGUUUGCUAUAACCCCCAUUCUGGGUAUUCUGAUUGGUAUUGGGUCUGCACUUACUCUAGUUUCUCUCACUAUAAUAUUUAUCCUCUGCUGCAGAUCUAAUUACGAGAAGGUUACCCGGGGAGAGACUAGGCUUCAAGAGAAUAAAGAACUAGGUCUGCAAGGAGAGGGAUGCCGAGGACCUGAUAUUAUACCAUCAGGAGAGGAAGUGUAUAAACAGAAGACCGAAUACAGGACCUUGCGGUACCCCACAACUACUCAAGAUAUGGAUAUGCUCAGAAACAUACAUCACAACAUUCAAAGACUGGUAAGGUUAAAAAAAUAAUGCAAUUUUGAUUUUAAGUGACCCUCCAUUAAACAUGUGGCUUUCCCGAUUCACAACACACCCUUAAAUCUUUAUCAGAUCGAUAAUUUUUAAGAUAACUUCGUUUCUCUAGCUUCGUACACAUUCUGCGCAUUACUUGUCAUAAAGUGCACGGAGAAAUGUACGCUACAGAUUAAUAUGCAGACAGUAAGCUUAGUAUGAAUAGUUUUAUUACAAGGGAUGUCUAGGUAUUUAUGCUAUGUUCCCAAUCUAAUUGUAUCUUAGAUCCAACCCGUUCAUGGAAUACUAAACAUUUAGGGUUGACAAAUAGUUAGUCUUUGAGUAGGUAUACACCUAGUUGGUCUUGG